UCGAUAAAGUGAAGAAAGCUUUACGAUGAAUUAGAAAUUUUUAUAUAAUGUGUGUUUAAUUAGACAAAAAUCAACAAGUGAUCAAAACAAUUAUUUAUUAACGCAAAUGUCAUAAUGCAGUUGGCCGGCAUCGUGUAUGUAUUAUAGCCUGCGCAUUAAUACGUGAUUGCGCACGCAUGCGACUUCAGAUCAGAUGAUCGACGAGCUGUUUAGAGUAAAAGGGGGAGCACGCGCGAUCCUAUUCAGAGACGUAUUAAUAACUUAAUAAUCCUAGUGCAAAACAAAUUGACAUUAAUUGCAUUAAUGAAAGAAGACAGGAGACAUCGAUGGAAGUAUUACUUGCAUCGAGAACGGAAAAGAAAUUUCACCAAAUAGGAAUAAUUUAAAUUUAUACUAGUGCAAUGGAAAUAGAUACUUUCAAGAGGUAUGAAUGAGAUUAGACAUAUUACUCGUUUGAUCUGAUUAUGGCACCCAUGCGAGUGAAUAUUAUGUACGCUACUGAUCGUGACGCGGGCAGUGAUGCCGUAGUCAAGGAGACCGCAGUAGCAGACAACCAACACUCCGACCAGCCGUCGACAACAAAAUAUACAGGUUCGUCGGAGUGUGCUGCUCCGCUUUUCCGCUUCUACGGUGCCUUCGCCAUCCGCGUGGUUUCCUGGGUGACAAGCCACCGCCGUUUCUUGAUCGGGAAAGGGCCGGUUGAAAUCUGUCGGGGGGAAACGUUCGGCCGCGUAAGUGCGCCCGGGCGUCGUGUUGAAAGUACACGCCAUUCAUGAAGACAGAUUCUUCCCUUCACAAACGGGGAGGCAACAACGGUGGUGAUACGGUGGGAGUAGAGAGAGGUGAAGGAGUGAUUGCCAUGACUACAACGGGAGCUCAGUAUGCCCUCGCAGCAUCCACCAGAGCUAAUAACAGUGGGGGUAGCUCUACAUCAGUGGGGGUGGAACCAAAGCCAAGCGUUGUUGUCGUGACUACUUCCAGCUCCAGUGGCAGUGGCAGUGGAAGCGUGGCACAGAGCCAGUCGGCGAGAGGGCAACAGCUUAUCACUGUUGUUACCAGUCCUGAUCCUUCCAGUCCAAAUUUACAACCUAUACAGUUAUUGGUUCAGGACCCGCUUGAAACAGCUGCAGAUUCUUCCAACGGCUCAACAGGUACUCCAGCACAUGUUACAGCACAAGUAGUUGUGAAUACUACUCACUCAGGACAGCACACCCUUGUCGAUUCUGACGCUGCGUCCACAUCGGCUGGCACCAUCGUCGGUGGUUCCCCGCAUUUUAUAACAGUAACAGGCACCAGUGAUUCACCAUCCUACGCGUCCCUCACAACGGCAGUAGUGUCAGGAGAACCAGAGGCAGUGGGGUCCGAGUCGGUAUCUCAUCCUACCUAUGUACAAUAUGUUGAGGGGGAUGGCUCCACGUAUAUACCGACAAAUGGUCAGAUGACAUAUCCUGUAUAUGCUGUGGGAGAAGCAGGUGCAAUGUAUACUCCUGCUUCGAGCCAGUAUUACACACCAGCAUCUACACCGGUGACAUAUGCACAGGUCACUGGUCAAGGUUCAAAUUCUACAACUGGACAAUUAUUAUCUCAGGGCAAUGGCACGUAUCUAAUUCAACAAAGCGUCGUGGAUGGAGAUCCCACUACACAUGCAUUAAUAUCCGCAGCUGCUGCGCGUGCUAGUCCACAAACAGAAAAUGCGGAAUCUGUGGUUAGCGGGGGUGGAGGGGCAUACUUGAUCAGCGGUAAUUCAGGGGGUGCUACUGUCACCGUGGAAGAUGCUGCAGCAGCAGCAGCAAACAUGACGCAUGCCACUAGAGUUUCACAAGCCACAGUUCAUUGGUUGCUCGAAAAUUACGAAACAGCGGACGGUGUUUCUCUUCCAAGAUCAACUCUUUACAAUCACUAUUUGCGUCAUUGUUCUGAAAAUAAAUUAGAUCCUGUAAAUGCUGCGAGUUUUGGAAAACUAAUACGUUCUGUCUUUUUGGGUUUGAGAACUAGACGAUUAGGCACAAGAGGAAAUUCAAAGUAUCAUUACUAUGGAAUUCGGGUAAAGCCUAGUUCUCCUUUGGUGAUGUUGAACGAAGAUGGAACGCCUCGUCAGCAACAAAAUGCAAAUUCACAGACGAAACGAUUCAAAUUUGUGAAUCAAAAGCAGGACGCUACGUAUGAGAAUAACACGCAUUCGAAUACGAAUAUUUCGUCGAAUACUUCACCGCCACAGUAUCACCAGUAUCUUGGAGAAGCGAGCGGUGCCAUUCCAGAAUUUCCCGAAAUAAUAGUAGGGCAUGGUUCGUCUCUUCCAGAGGACUGUACGUUAGAAGACAUCGAUACUUUUCGUAGUAUAUACAGGGAACACUGCGAAGCCUUUUUAGAUGCUGUACUCAACUUUGAAUUUGCUACUGUAGAAAGCCUUUGGAGAGAAUUUUGGCGCAGUCAAGACAAUAAUAACGGUGACGAAUGCGAGGAAGAAAAGUACUUAUCAAAGACUAAGCUAUAUCAAAUAUGUAAAUGUUCUGAAGUUCAAGAUUUCAUUAGAAAGGUUGAUUAUACGUUUUAUCAAAAUCUGGUUGAAGUAUUAAUGCCUAAUGUACUACGACCUAUUCCAAGUUCGUUAACACAGUCAAUUAGAAAUUUUGCAAAAGGAUUAGAAUCAUGGCUGACAUCAGCAAUGGCCGAUUGUCCAGAAGAAAUGACCCAGAUAAAGUUGACUGCUGUAUCUGCAUUUGCUCAGACACUAAGGCGUUAUACAUCGUUGAAUCACCUUGCUCAAGCUGCACGUGCAGUGCUUCAAAAUUCUAGUCAAAUAAAUCAAAUGUUAGCCGACUUAAAUCGCGUUGAUUUUCACAAUGUACAAGAACAGGCUUCAUGGGUAUGCCAAUGCGAUUAUGCAAUGGUACAACGUUUAGAAGCAGAUUUUAAAGUGACACUGCAACAACAGAAUUCGUUGGAAGAUUGGGCAAUCUGGUUGAAGAGCGUCGUAACGCAAGUUCUAAAACCUUUCGAAGAGAAACCAACAUUUGCUAAAGCUGCACGUCAAUUUUUGCUCAAGUGGUCAUUUUACAGUUCCAUGGUUAUUCGCGACCUGACUUUAAGAAGCGCAGCUAGUUUUGGAUCUUUUCAUCUUAUUCGAUUAUUGUACGAUGAAUACAUGUUUUACUUGAUAGAACAUCAGGUAGCAGUUGCUACAGGAACAACCCCGAUAGCUGUGAUGGGAGAUAAAAGUCAAACUUGCUCUUUAGUUAGCGCGUUUGGUGCAACUUCUAACGGAGAUACAUCUAAUACAUGUCAACCAAAGCGUAUGAAAUUGAGCUAACUGCGUGCCUACGUCCUUUAGUUUGGAAGUGAGCCAGUAGCACCUGAUAACGAAACGUUAGCACAAGAGCAUGCAGGCCUAUUAACACACUAGUCCCAUAAAUUAUAAUUUUAUAUAAGAUAAAAUCUUAUUGUACUAUGACUUAACAAAGAAGAUUUUUGCAUAACACCCAGGAUGUAUACAAUCUAAGUAAGUUUGUGUGAUAUAAUAUGUAGGAACAUGUACUGCAAUCUUGUUUCAUACAAAACAUAUGAUUCAAGUAUAAGGUAUCGCUGGCACGAUGUUUAGUACGUUAAUGUAUUGUCUAGUCGAAACAUCUUUCAAAUAUGUAUGGGACCAUGAAUUUGUCAUGCCCUUAUAGUAUUCAGUAUUAAAAGUUUGCUCGACUGAAUUUUUUUUCUCAUGUUCAGAUAAUUCAAAUCCAUUGUUUUAAUAGAGAAAAUGAAUUACAAAAUUGAUUAAUAAAUUCUUGUGAACGUCUAUUAAUUUUAAUAGGAUGUUAAAGAAAAAUAAAGUCGAGCAAACUUAAAAUAAUAGACAUUUUGUGCAAAAGAAAACAGUCGAAAAUUGAACAGUUUUGAUAGGGAAAAUUAUUAUUCCCAAAUUUGUAUCGACGAAUUCUAUUUUGCACAAAUACUUGAAUAACAUUUUACCAAAUCCGCCCGUCGACGGUAUUGUCAAAAAAAUAAUAACUAUUCCUACCGGAACAGAUGCAAAUUAGAUUACUAUAAUUAUAUAAUCGUACAAGUUUUAAAUAUUACUCCCAACAUUCAUAUUUUUUAACACGAUUUAUUAAUUAUACAUCGAGCUAUGUAAAAGUUUUGUUGUAAACCAUCUGUUACACUUAACAUAUAUAUUCUUUCAGUAUUUUUAAACGAAUAGUACAAAACAGCGGUGAAGAAAAACUAUGAACGAAAUGAUAUAAUAAUGUAGUCGUUUUAAUUUACUGAUAGAAUAUACAUCAUGGUUCUUACAUUCAAUGUACAUAUGCAAAUGGUGUGACAGAUAAAAAUGCACAGUUGUUGAAGUUUAAUGAAAAAAAAGAAAAGAAAAAAAUUUCAAACUGUAAGAAUAGAAGUUGAGUGUCUUCAAACAUAUUUCGCAUUUAAUUUAAAUAUAUUUUACUAUAAAGAUCUAUUAGUAAUAUGAUUUAUAAUUGGAGACACUCGAAUAAUUCUUCUGUACAUAAUAUUAAAUCUAAGUGUGCAUUGUGAAUUUCACGUUAUACAUGCAUAUAUAUAUAUAUUUUUUUUUUGUUAUGUAUAUAUUAAUUGACAAACGUAUGUUCAAAACGUGUGAACUGUUUCAGACGUCGAAAACAUACGCGUUAUUUUUUGUUCGUAUACUUGUGUUUAAAUUCUAUUGUGUUCAUGAAGUAUUUAAUAAUCUAUUAUUUUAAUUUUAUAGUCAUUUUCUAAAUGUCGUAAAUUGCACUGGACUGUUUGGAUCAAUGCAAACGAGAAUGAAUAUAUAGUGAUUAUUUAUAGUAUAAUACCAAAAGACUUACAUUACGUUAAUUUCUUUUUUCUGUAAAUACUUUAACAUAUAUGUUUAAAAAAGUGAAUACGAUCUGUUGCACACUAGGUUUAUUAAAACUUUACGUCUAUUCCACGUGAUUGUCAUACAGCAUUGCAUUCUGUUUUUAUAAAAAUUUGAAGCUUCUAAAUUUGUCAUACUAUACGUUUGAUUCAUGUGCUUGAUAACACGAAUGAACAUACACAUAUUAUCAUAUCCUUCUAAACAAGUACAAAAUUUCAUUUACAUGUAUUACUUCAAAUAUUUUUCCAUUCGUUAUGGCUAUUAUUUAAUAACAAAAUGCUUGUUCGUUUUUUUCAUAGAAAGUUCAAUUAAAAAACUUGCAUUUAUGUAAAAUCAUGUUAACGUGAUGUUUUAUGUUUUGAAAAAUGUAAUGUAUACAUACAUAACAUAUACAUAUAUAUAUAUAUAUAGUUAGUGCUGACAUUAACGAUAAUUACCAUUAAAUAUUUUAUGAAAUGAAUAUAUCAAAAAAUUAUCGUUCAGAAUUGUUAAGUAUUGCGUGUGAGUUCAUUCAAGUACAGAAUUAAUGUUGCCAGUGUAUUUUUGAUUGUAAAGCACCGCUGUGUAAACCAUCUGCUAAGCUUUGUGAAUGCACACUACGUAAUUUAGGAGAAAUUGAAGUUUAAUACGUAAGAGUAUAGAAAUUAUCCGAUCAUAUGAGAAAAUUUCAAGCCUGAAUGUAUCUCACAAUGCAACAAAAAAGCAAAAGAAAAAAAAAAAGAUGAGUAAAUGUCUCAACCCAUUGUAAGAUGCCACUCCUAUUCAACACUGAAUUGGAAGAUGCAAAUUCCUAUGAACAAACUAAAUGUUUGGUAAAACUUGGUGCCUUUUAUUUCAUACAAGAAAGAAACGAACAUUUUUUUACUGUACCUUGAUUAUACAAAGAAUCGAGGCCAAACGACCAAAAUGAAUUAAACAAAUAGUUAUACUCUUCCUUUAGGGCUUCUUCAUAAAGCUAUUUUAAUUUUUAUAACGUGUUUUACUUCAAGAAGCUAGUAAGUUUCUUUAGAGUCGAAAACAGAAGCAGAUUAAACGAAAUUUUGAGAGAAAAAUGUAUGUGCUAUAUAUACUUUGUAAAAAUAUCACAUUCAGAUCAUAUUGCUUCUUUUCUAUGUAUACAAGUGAUUCUGUACAUGAAAAUUUCUUCCAAAGUAAAAUUCACAUUGCUAAUGAUCAUAUUAAAGGGUACUAAAUGCUGAUCAAGAUUUAUUACAUUGCGAUAUUCGCAAGUAGUUUUAACAAAAGAUAGGAUAUACGUUUAUUUAUUAUAUAAAACUAUUAUAUACUAGUCAAAUUUCAUAGAUUUAAGUCGAGAAACAGGGAUUGAGUAUCAGACAGUACGUUGACUAGUGGUUGCGCAUGUAAUUAUUUGUGCAUGUGGAAAGGAUAGAAUAUUUCUAUAACUAUAAUGAGCUUAUACGUGUAAAAACUAUUGAUACCUAUGUGUACUUAGUGUAAGAAUGGCUUUUUAAGAAUUUUCAUUUUCUUUUCUUGUGAAUGAAAACUCGUGCAAUGUUUGCAAGUACAGUUGAAUAUAGAAAUGUGUACCGAUAUAACUUAUUAUCAGAACAAAAUACUUGAGAAUCAAAAUGAAUCAGAGUUGUCCUAUUAUUAUAAAAAUGUAACGUUGGUAUACAAUUCUAUGUUCAUUCACACUUGUUUGUACUUUGUACUUUUAGGUAGGAUUGCUGUUUGUAAGUUUCACAUAAUUAUGGCAAGGUGCAAGUAAUUGUAGUCUUGUUGAUGAUAAAAGAUCAAACUUACCAUGGUUUCCUAUGUUGCGAAAGAAGACGGCCUUAAAAUAUUUCCAAUUGUAAGACAGAAAAAAAGAUUUACUAUGUUGUUAAGGGUGGACACUGAUAAUGAACGAAAAGAAAAAAAA